GUGAUAUGGCCGUAGUGAACACGAAAACCUCUGCAGUCAUAAAAAUCUGCCGUAAAUCGUCUGGAGGAUCGAUGAGAAUGUUCGUGUGAGUUGCACAACGUGUCACAUGGUGUGGUGAGGAGCGUGGAGCGUGGAUGAUGGCGGGUGUCGGCAGCAGGGCCCGGCAGUGGCGCGCGUGCGCGGAUCGAUCGCGCGGCAUCGACCGACGCAGCGCGUAGGCUCGGCGCGCGACCGGCGCGGCGCGGGCUCGGCGCGCUCUCAGUCGCGCGCGGUCACGGCGUGCGAGCGCGCGCAUCUAGACACGUGCAUGGCGCGCCGAUCCGCAUGCCUCGCGCCCUCGGGGAAUGGCUUCGUCCGAGGCAGAUGCGACUACCGCGUCGAUACUUGAAGUCGAAGUCGAAGAUGACUGCCUCAGUGUUCGAAAAUGGUGGUGUUUUCUGCUCUCGUCGAUCUUCACGUUCCUCGCGGGGUUGCUCAUCGUGGUGCUAUGGCGGGCCUGUGCGUUCGUCUGCUGCCGGAAGGAGCCGGAGCUGGCCCCGAACGAUCCGAAGCAGAAGGAGCAGAAGGCGGCGCGGCAGGGCAAGCAAGAGUUCGAGGGCACCUUCAUGACCGAGGCCAAGGAUUGGGCCGGCGAGCUCAUCUCCGGGCAGACCACCACCGGACGAAUACUGGUAGUGUUGGUGUUCAUUCUGAGUAUAGCAUCGCUCAUCAUCUACUUCAUUGACGCAUCAAGUGAAGAGGUGGAGCGAUGCCAGAAAUGGAGUGACAAUAUUACUCAGCAGAUCGACCUUGCCUUUAACAUAUUUUUUAUGGUCUACUUUUUUAUACGAUUUAUAGCAGCUAGUGACAAACUGUGGUUCAUGCUCGAGAUGUAUUCAUUUGUAGAUUAUUUCACGAUACCACCAUCCUUUGUAUCAAUAUACCUGGAUAGAACGUGGAUAGGGCUAAGGUUUCUAAGAGCUCUACGCUUAAUGACCGUGCCUGAUAUUUUGCAGUACCUCAAUAUAUUAAAGACAUCGAGCUCCAUUCGGUUGGCGCAAUUGGUUUCUAUAUUUAUAUCUGUGUGGUUAACAGCGGCCGGAAUUAUUCAUUUGCUGGAAAACUCCGGUGAUCCGUUGGACUUUACCAAUUCGCAGCAAUUGUCGUACUGGACUUGCGUAUACUUUCUAAUAGUCACCAUGUCUACAGUAGGUUACGGUGAUGUGUUCUGCCACACAGUUCUUGGCAGAACCUUUUUGGUUUUUUUUCUUCUCGUCGGCUUGGCAAUGUUCGCUAGUAGCAUUCCUGAAAUUAUAGAGCUGGUAGGAAGUAGGUCCAAGUACAGUGGCGAGCUGAAGCGUGAACAUGGAAAAAGGCACAUUGUUGUUUGCGGGCACAUAACAUACGAAUCAGUGAGCCAUUUUUUAAAAGACUUCCUACAUGAAGACAGAGAAGACGUGGACGUCGAGGUUGUUUUUUUACACAGGAAACCGCCCGACCUGGAGCUCGAAGGCCUGUUCAAGAGACACUUUACCACUGUGGAAUUCUUUCAAGGCACCAUUAUGAAUCCAAUCGACCUACAGAGGGUAAAAGUUCAUGAAGCGGACGCUUGCCUGGUGCUGGCCAAUAAGUACUGCCAGGACCCGGACGCCGAGGACGCCGCCAACAUCAUGAGGGUCAUCUCUAUCAAGAACUACUCUGAUGACAUAAGGGUCAUCAUUCAGCUGAUGCAGUAUCAUAAUAAGGCUUACCUUCUGAACAUUCCAUCGUGGGACUGGAAGCAGGGCGACGACGUGAUCUGCCUGGCGGAGCUGAAGCUGGGCUUCAUCGCGCAGAGCUGCCUCGCGCCCGGCUUCUCCACUAUGAUGGCCAACCUCUUCGCCAUGAGGAGCUUCAAGACGUCCCCCGACACACAAGCUUGGCAGAAUGAUUACCUGCAGGGUACGGGCUGCGAGAUGUACACGGAGACUCUAUCCACCUCAUUCACUGGAAUGAGCUUCCCUUCCGCGAGCGAGUUGUGCUUCACGAAGCUGAAGCUGCUGCUGUUAGCCAUCGAGAUCAAGGGCGAGGAGGGCGCGGACAGCAAGAUCUCCAUCAACCCCCGCAGUGCCAAGAUCCACGCCAACACGCAGGGCUUCUUUAUUGCGCAGUCCGCUGAUGAGGUUAAAAGGGCUUGGUUUUACUGUAAGGCUUGCCACGAUGACAUCAAAGAUGAAACACUCAUCAAGAAAUGCAAAUGCAAAAACUAUGUUGGAAUGAUGAUGAUGCAGACUGGGAUGGUGAAACAGAUUAAUUCAUAUCGGGGUUUAGACGUGGCUACGUUCAGGAAGGGCGUACGAGCCGUCCAGAUGGUUGGCCGGGCAAAUGACCACCAUCCUCCCCCCACCUUCACGCCGCCAGAGUUGCCCAAGAAGGUGCAUCAUCGAGGUGAAAUCGCGAGAGAACGAGGUGAAGACAUUAGUUUAAUAAACAGAAACCAUAGAAGUGCACCGAAUGCUCUCCUGUCUCCAAACGCGAACCAGCUGAUGAACACAACAACGACGAGGCAGGUCAACAAGGUCAAGCCAAACGUAAACAGAGCUCCACCUGACACGAACCCUCCGGAACAGGACACGAAUUACCAAGCGUACCACCUAGCCUACGAAGUGAAAAAGCUCAUGCCGACGAGUAGGAGCAGCGGCGGCAACCAGAACAGUAACGGCGUGAGUCUGCCAGCAGGCCUGGCCGACGACCAGUCGAAAGAUUUCGACUUCGAAAAGACUGAAAUGAAAUACGACUCCACUGGCAUGUUCCAUUGGAGUCCCGCCAAGAAUCUGGAGGAUUGUAUAUUAGACAGAAACCAAGCGGCGAUGACCGUCCUAAACGGCCACGUGGUGGUCUGCUUGUUCGCGGACCCCGACUCGCCGCUCAUAGGGCUGCGGAACCUCGUGAUGCCGCUGCGGGCCUCCAACUUCCACUACCACGAGCUGAAACACGUGGUGAUUGUUGGGAGCGUCGACUACAUCAGAAGGGAAUGGAAGAUGUUGCAGAAUCUGCCAAAGAUUUCUGUUUUGAAUGGUUCACCGCUAAGCCGAGCCGACUUGCGUGCAGUGAACGUUAACCUUUGCGACAUGUGCUGCAUACUGUCCGCAAAGGUGCCGUCCAACGACGACCCGACGCUGGCCGACAAGGAAGCUAUCCUGGCUUCGUUGAACAUCAAGGCGAUGACCUUCGAUGACACGAUAGGCGUGUUAAGUGGGGGCGCGACGAAUGGGAGCGCGGCGGCGCAGCCCCCGCCCGGGGCGCCGCCCGCGCCGGUGCUGCUGCAGCGGAGAGGGUCGGUGUAUGGUGCCAAUGUGCCUAUGAUUACUGAGCUGGUGAACGACAGCAACGUUCAGUUCUUGGACCAGGACGACGACGACGAUCCUGACACGGAGCUGUACCUCACGCAACCGUUCGCCUGCGGCACCGCCUUCGCCGUCAGCGUGCUCGACUCCCUCAUGUCCACUACGUAUUUCAACCAGAAUGCCUUAACCCUGAUCCGGUCGCUGAUCACGGGCGGCGCCACGCCCGAGCUGGAACUGAUCCUCGCGGAAGGAGCUGGUCUCCGAGGAGGGUACUCCACGCCCGAAAGUUUAGCGAACCGGGACCGGUGUAGAGUAGGUCAGAUCUCCCUGUACGAUGGGCCACUGGCCCAGUUCGGGGAGGCUGGCAAGUACGGCGACCUGUUCGUGGCGGCACUGCGCGCCUACGGCAUGCUCUGCAUCGGCCUCUACCGGUUUCGGGAUACUUCGUCCUCGUGCGACGCGAGCAGCAAGAGAUACGUCAUUACCAAUCCGCCGGAUGACUUCAUCUUGCUGCCCACUGAUCAGGUAUUCGUCCUCAUGCAGUUCGACCCCGGCGUGGAGUACCGCUCGUCGCGGCGCGCGGGCUCGGCCACGGGCAGCGGCGGCAAAGACGACGCCUCCUGACUGCUGCUGUGCAGCGCCCUUACCGACGGACCCUACUCCUACAUAUAAGCCUCCGGGCUCAUAGGCGGUAGGGCCCGACGCCACUCCACAAGCCCCCCAAACAAUUCACUUUUGAGUUAUACUAUUUUAUCUAGGUUGCGCAAAUCCUUUGGUUUUAUCUUCACGAUUCUUUCCAUUCGAAGCCAAAAUUCAAAGUUUUUGUGGUGAUACCUUUUUCAAAUUAUUAUAACUCUUACCCGAUUUUAUUUCUUCUUGCGUUUUAAUUAUUAUUUGGAAUUGGCUAGCUAAGUACAAGUUAUUUUACACUUCCACUGACACGGCACAGCAAUCUUCACCAUACUCUUGAAAUGCACCUUUUAAAGAUGUAUAGGGAAAGCCAUGUUCAGGUUCCUAUGUAUCUUUUGCACAGUGAGCACUGCCUUCUAUCUGUCUUGUAAUUUGUGAACACUAUCUCUUUGCAUUGGUACACAGAGAAAACAUUAAGAGGUUCCUUGACUGUUAAAAUAAUGACACUUCCAUCAACGAGUCCAGUAAAAUGAGCCACGUAACUUAUUUAGCCUGAAAAAGUACCUAUCUAAUGAAUAUUUUGGCAGUCAUGGGACUAUUAUCAAACAACUUAUGGCAAUCAUGAAAAAAUGCAUAAACAAACACUUCUAAUGCUGAGUCUAAUGAGUAAUGUAACAUCAAACAUUUUACCAAUUGAUACCACACUAAUGUUGAAGUCCAAAUUACUGAAGAAUAUUUCAACAUUUAAUUCAGUGCAACACUUCGACACUUUUUCAUUUGAAACACUACACAGUCCAUUUUGAAAAGUGAUGGUCGACAUUCGAUUUUAUCUACGGUUUUGACAAUUGAAUUAAAGUAAGUCUGUAUAAUUGUGUAAGUAAAUAUAACCAUUAUUUGUAGCGAUAUAAUGCUCAAUAUUCAAUGAACCUUUAAAACUUUUAAUUGCACUACCGUGUAAUUUCAGAACGAAUUUAGUAUAGGUAAUGCAUGCUUUAUUUACUAUUUCUUCUAUUAGUGUAGGUUUAUUUCUUUCUCUGUAGUUUUUACUAUUUUUCUCGCAUCUUUUGACUCAUUCGGGACGCUUUCUCGGGGCUAAAGUAUAACUUUUAAGCAUUUAUAUUAUCAUCGACUGAUCGAAUACUCUUAAGCAGAACACUUCAUACAUCAUGACACAAAUGUGUUAUAAGUUACUCGACACUACGUUAAAGUUAUUGUUUUAUAUGGAUUCACAUUGAAUCCAUCACUUAUACUUAUAUUUAUAUACUUAGUUUUAAGACACAACUGUUCAAAACUUGAAAUGCACCUGUGGUAGUAGUAUGCAUACAGUUCCAUCGCUUAGCUUACGUUUUAUUUUAUCGAACUUCAAUAUACUUUCAUGUAAAAUGUCCACUAGUUAAGGCAGUUUAGUUAUUCUUUGAUUUCGACGGCUUGAGACAGACGCGAUUUAAAUACACAUCUUGGAACUUAUCAGCGAGGGUAACUACAAGUGUUGGCUGCUCCAGCGCUUAUUGUUGUCUUCGGCUAAAUUCACAGACGUGUAUAUCUUUUCAUCUGUUUCUGGUCGUCAAAUUCUUUUCAACCUCAUCUAGCACCGCAUUUUGUUUAUUUUUUUAAUAAAUUUUUAUUGA